AUGGACCUCAUGUGUCAUGCAUUCCUCCUCCUAUUUCUUCUUUUCUUUGAUGAGACAAACCUGGCAAUUUCUUCUUGUGUUCCAGGAUGCUUCUGUUCCAAUGAUAACUUUGGAAGGAGUUUGUUUUGCAUGUCAACAUCUUUGAGAAAGAUCCCAGAAGGCAUCCCUGAAGAUAUCAAAAAGAUCCGAAUAGAAAACUCUCACCUAACCGAAUUGCUUCGAGGGUCCUUCUCUAAUGCAAAUGCCUUGGAAUAUCUUUGGCUUAAUUUUAAUAACAUCACUGUCAUGCAUUUAAAAAGUCUCGAGUUUCUGAAGGAUCUGACUGAACUGAGAUUGCAGGGGAACAAGCUGAGUUCAGUACCAUGGACAGCGUUCCAAGAUACCCCAUCAUUAAAAAUACUGGAUCUGAAGCACAACCGUCUUGAUGUCCUUCCAGAACAUGCCCUCCGCUAUCUGCCUAACCUGACCUACUUAGACUUAUCUUCCAAUCAGCUUACUGUCAUCUCCAAAGAUGUUUUCUAUAACUGGCCUGUGUACCAGAAAACCCAGCAGCUGGAGAAGAAGGUGGAAGCUAUUUCCAACGUCGUUUUGGCCUUGCACAAUAACCCAUGGCUCUGUGACUGUCGCCUGCGUGGGUUUGUCCAGUUUAUCAAAUCUAUUAGCCCACCCAUCAUUCUGAUGAAUUCUUAUUUAACUUGUUCAAGCCCUAAAUUUAGGGCAGGAAAAUACUUUCAUGAAGUGGAGCUGAACAGCUGCACAAAGCCCUCAAUAUCAUCCUUAGAAUCCAACAUUACUGUCUUGAUUGGACUAAAUGUGACCUUGACAUGCUUGGUACAGGCCAGUCCUUCCUCAGCAGUCUGGUGGACCUAUAUGCUCAAACACCUGAGAGGAUUUAACGUGUCCACGACCCACAUAAGUGAAGAUACAAUGAAGUCAGAAUUGGUUAUCCCUUCUGCCCACUUAGUGGAUGAGGGGAAUUAUACCUGCACAGCUGCCAACUUCCUGGGUAACGCCUCUGCCACAACGCUGCUGAAAGUUCAAGCCCCCCGAAUGGUGGCUUCUUCCUUUUCUUCCUCUAUCUCCAAGGAGAAUUCAUACAUCGAUGUGAGGAUCGCCAAGCAGACAGUCUAUGGGAUAACUCUGGAGUGGUAUACUGUGACUGAGAACCCAGGGGAUACUUGGUACACCCUCCAUUUUGGGAAGUAUGAUGACACCAAGAAAGACUUGAUUUACAUUGGACCCGGCAUCAACAGCUACUCCGUCAAUGACCUGCUCCCUGCCACCAAGUAUGAAGUGUGUGUUACUUUGAGGAACCAGACACCUCAAAAGGGGCAAUGCAUUGUGUUUGUUACAGGAAGUGACAUCAGCGAGCUGGAGCAGAGGGAGAAGCUCAUUCAUAUCAUUAUCAUUGUGUGUGCCAUGGUGCUGGCUGUCCCAGCUGGGAUGUAUGCAUGCACCACCGAGACCCGGUUUAAUUGCAUGGAGAAAUGUGCUGACUUCUGCCACAAGAAACGGAAAGGGCAAAAUCUGAAAGGAGUCAGCAAAGAGAGCACGUUCGACAGCUUGCCAACCGGCAGUGAAGAGGGGCUCUGCCACCGAGAUUUGAGUGAUGACAAGAGAAGAAUGAAGGCGUGUGAGGACAAGGAGAAGGCCCACAAGCAGAAAACUGGGCACAGAAAUAGCGCUGACCUCUAUUAG